CCUACCAGUGCACCGAACGCACAUUACCAGUUAGCACCACCAGCCUCCGAGCCCACCUCCCUCUGUUCUACAGCUGAACUCGCCAAAAGCCCUAGAAUCCCCAAUUGCUGCCAUUCUCCCGUAAAUGGUAGAAACCAAGAGCACUGACGAGACCCCCUCAUUACCCUCCAAGCGGAAACCCGAAUUUCCCGUGGAAGACCAAGAGGAUCACCCUAAUAAAAAGAACCCUAAGCUGGAGAAACCAGUGGAUCGCGAUUCAUUGGAAGAAAUAUCCCCAAAUCAAACCUUGGUGUCUUCUGAUAACAACAAAUUGGAACGAGAAGAGGAUGACGAGGAGGGGGAAUAUGAAGUAGAAGAAGAGGACGAAGACGACGGAGAUGGAGAGGGAGAUGAGGAUGAGGAUGAGGAUGAGGCGGAACUGAAUGGGGAUACUGAGGUGGACAGGAAGGGGAAGGGGAUAAUGAAGGAAGAUAAGGGGAAAGGGAAGGCCGUAGCAGAGGAAGACAGCAGUGACGAUGAGGACUCUAGUGACGGCGGCGGCGAGUCCGGCGAUAGUGAUCUCUCGGACGACUCGUUGGCGGAAGUUGAUUUUGACAACAUUCUUCCAUCGAGGACCCGAAGGAAAUCUGUGCAGCCUGGCGUUUACAUCGCCAAUGAUCGUGGUGCGGAUGAUGAUGAUAGCAACGAUAGUGAUGCAUGAGGCAGAAGAAGGUUAGAGACUAAGUAAGAAAAAAGAAAGGCUCGAGCGGAAGAGAUGACCAUAAUUAAUGUUGUUUUGAGUCCCUGAAUUUAUAGGAUGAGAAGAACCCUUUUUUUUUCCCUGGAUACUCCUCCAACGAAGCUAGAUUUGCAAUAUAAACUGGUUUGUCCACUAAAUACCCCUAAAUGUAAAACAGGGUUGUUUUUAAUUUUUGAGCAGGAUUCUAUUUGGAAUCACAUUGAAAGCACAAAUCAUACAUUUUGUUUCUUCCAUUUGUUGUGGUGUCAUUCUUGCAAUAGGACGUGUACGCGUGUAGGGUUGAUGAAGUUUUGGGUAAUGUCGGAUUUUACGCAAUCUGGCACUUCCAAAGUCAUUGUUAAGCUCUCUCCAUGCUCAAUUCUUGAAAUCUCUUCUUGAUUGAGCAUCUUUGCACAAUGAUAUUCAAACCCUGCUUUGUAUAUCUCACUAUGAUUUUCUGUCCACACUUUGUUAACUCUUCCAUCGGCUCAUCAAAAGUUGAUGGCCAUAAAUGGAUUUGCAUAUUCCUAACAAGGGGUUCCCAAAUGGUCACAUGUACAGAUGCCUCCAAAUCUUGAAACCAUAAGGUUCCGCCUUCCACAUAAAAGGUAGCCAUCUAGACCCUUGAGUUACUAGAGUUUGUUAUUGAAAUAAUUAUUGGUUGGCCUUGCCCUAUAAAUCCUACUGGAGGGAUCAUUGCCAUGAAAUUUUAGAAAAUCUAACCUAAUACCCUUGAUCAAAGAUUUGUUGCCCUCAUUUUCUUGUCUUGUACCCAUUGGUAACUCUCUGUUUUUUUUUCCAAAUGAAAAAGAGAAUUUUUUUUUCGGAGGUUCUGUUAGACAUUGAUUGUGCUUUAAGACAUGUAAAUUCAAAUUCAUCUACUCCAAACUUUUUGAGAAUUUCUUCUAAAGCCUUCUGCUAAUAUCACAACUCUCUUGUUGAUUUUUCU